UAAUAUCGAACACAUUGUACAUGCAUAAUCUCAGAUCUUCCUAAUGACCAAAUUAUCAAUAGAAUUCGAACAAAUUUACACUGAUGCCACUCACGUUUCAAUAACGGCCUCAAAUUUGUUUUUUUUCUGAUUCAUAAUUUAAUUUAUUUUAAAAUAUUUUAAUUCGACAGAAACUCAGCAUUGAUUCUAAUACAUCUGUUCUAUGUGAUGUGUUUUUUUUAAUUCAAAGUUGAUGUCUUGAUUAGUUGCAGUCACCAUGAAACUUCUAGCUCAAGGUUUAAAGCUUUCAGAGCUCCUCUUUGGAUAAAGUUUGUGCACUUGAAUCCUGGGGUUUUGAUCAUCAGUUUCAUAGCUUACUUGAAGAAUCAGUGUCUGGGUUUUUAUCAAUUUUCAAUUUUGAAAUCUGGUGAGUGGUGCCUUGACAGGUGACUCUACAGUCUACCUUAGAUUUUUCAAUUCAAUAUUUCUUUUAGAAGCUUGUUGCUCCCACUAUUCUUUUUUCAUCCGUUCUGUUUUUAUUUCCUUUUGUUGUUGCAUUCGUUUAAUUUGGAUAUCUACACUCUUUGGAUUUGUACAUCACUUCGCUUGAUCUAUCCUUAAAAUUUAUCAAAAGCAUUGCAGGGUCAUCUUUUUUUUCCUGCUAGUCACAAUCGCAUCGCUGCCAGUGCCCAAUUGAAUUAUUGUCCUGUUGGUUGUAUUUUCCCUAGUUUUGUUUGCCACAAAAAUGCAGAAGUAAUCAUGUUUGAUGUAUUUUAGUGAUAGACAUCAAUGUCAUUUUUAUGUUGCCUCCCUCUUCUUGAGUGUGUGUAUUGCCUGGCAUGUGCCCGAUGGGCGUGGAAGCGAUGUCUCCACUCAGCUGGUCAUGACAGUGAAACUUGGGGAGCUGCAACUGCUGAAGAAUUUGAGCCUGUUCCUCGCCUAUGUCGAUAUAUCUUAGCUGUCUAUGAAGACGAUCUUAGGCAUCCGCUUUGGGAGCCCCCUGGAGGAUAUGAAAUUAACCCAGAUUGGUUACUGCUAAAAAAAACUUAUGAAGAUACUCGAGGACAGGCUCCUCCCUAUAUAUUAUAUCUUGAUCAUGAGCAUUCAGAUAUAGUCCUUGCCAUUAGGGGCCUUAAUUUGGCGAAGGAGAGUGAUUAUCAAGUGCUUUUGGAUAAUAAGUUAGGGAAAAGGAAGUUUGAUGGUGGUUACGUCCAUAACGGUCUACUGAAGGCUGCUGGCUGGGUAUUGGAUGCAGAGUGUGAGAUCUUGAAGGAAUUGCUAGAGAAGUAUCCAAAAUAUACGUUGACUUUUGCAGGACAUUCUCUUGGGUCAGGUGUGGCAGCAAUGCUAGCAUUAGUCGUGGUGCAAAAUAGGGAUAAAUUGGGCAACAUUGAAAGAAGGAGGAUCAGAUGCUAUGCAAUUGCACCCACCAGGUGUAUGUCACUGAAUUUGGCAGUCAGAUGUGCAGAUGUUAUCAAUUCUGUUGUACUUCAGGAUGACUUUUUGCCCAGAACAGCCACUCCUCUGGAAGACAUUUUCAAAUCACUUUUCUGCUUGCCAUGUCUACUGUGCCUAAGGUGUAUGAGGGAUACAUGUAUACCUGAGGAGAGGCUGCUCAAAGAUCCAAGGAGACUGUAUGCACCUGGUCGCUUGUAUCACAUUGUUGAGAGAAAACCCUUCAGACUUGGAAGAUUUCCCCCAGUUGUAAGGACAGCAGUGCCAGUGGACGGGAGGUUUGAACACAUAGUUCUUUCUUGUAAUGCCACUUCUGAUCAUGCCAUCAUUUGGAUAGAGAGAGAAGCCCGGAGGGCUCUGGAUAUAAUGUUAGAGAAAAAUCAGGCCAUGGAAAUUCCAGAGAAGCAAAAGAUGGAGAGGCAGGAGACUUUGCAUAAAGAACACACUCAGGAGCACAAGGCAGCUCUGCAGAGAGCUGUUGCAUUGGCUGUGCCACACGCUUUCUUGCCUUCACAGUAUGGAACUUUCGAAGAAGACGAAGAAGGCAAUAGCUCACAUGGAUCUAUUGGAGAAACAUCAUUUCCAUCAUCUACAAAAAGCAAAACAAAAGAAAAUUGGGAUGAAUUGAUUGAGCGCCUUUUUGAGAAAGAUGAAUCUGGUCACAUGAUGCUCAAGAAAUCUCAUAGGGAUGAUUGAUGACAUUGUUGUUUGAGAACUACACAUAAUUUCAUUCAUUCGUUUGUACUUCAGACAUAUUUAAUAAAUAUUAUGCUUUUGCUUUUUCAUAAAAUAAAAGCAGGGUUAGAAAUUA